CAUUCUCUUUCCUAGAGGGAAUGGCCAGAUACAAUUAUUCUACCAUGACUGAAUUUGUCCUCGAGGGAUUAACAGCUCAUCCAGAACUCCAGCUACCACUAUUCUUCUUGUUUCUAGUCAUCUAUGGAGUCACGAUAGUGGGAAACCUGGGUAUGAUCCUCCUAAUCACUUUCAGUACUAACCUGAAAUCUCCCAUGUACUUUUACCUGAGUAAUUUGUCAUUCUUAGAUCUGUUUUAUUCUUCAGUUGUUACCCCCAAGAUGCUGAGAAACUUCAUGUGGGAGCAAAAUAUUAUCUCCUAUUCUGGGUGCAUGACACAGCUUUUUUUCUUUUGUGUUUUUGCUAUUGCUGAGUGCUAUAUGCUGACUGCUAUGGCCUAUGAUAGAUAUGUAGCUAUCUGUAAACCACUGCUGUACAAUGUCACCAUGUCCCAAAAGGCAUGCAAUGUACUGGUGGCAGGAGUCUAUGUCAUUGCAACUUUUGGAGCUGAGGCCCAUACUGCUUCUAUGGUCAGGCUUUCCUUCUGUAGGGACAAUGUCAUCCAUCAGUAUUUUUGUGACAUACUUCCUCUCCUGGAGCUGUCCUGCACCAACACCUACCUCAAUAAGCUGCUGUUCAUAUUUGUAGGUGGAUUCAACAUGGUAGCAACAGCUGUGCCCAUCACCAUCUCUUAUGCCUUCAUACUCGCCACCAUUCUUCAAAUACCCUCAUCUGAAGGCAGAUCCAAAACGUUUAGUACAUGUGGUUCUCAUGUUAUGGCUGUUGGGCUCUUCUAUGGAUCUAUGAUAUUUAUGUACUUUAAGCCAACAUCUAGUAACAACAUGGCCCAGAAGAAGGCAGCAUCUGUGUUCUAUACCACAAUAAUUCCCAUGCUGAAUCCCUUGAUCUAUACUUUGAGGAAUAAGGAUGUAAAGAAGGUAUUGAGAAAAGUCAUGAGGAAAAGGUAUGGCCCACACUAGAGUUUGUAUCAGAACAAUUUAAGGUCAUGACAAUAGUUUGUCCCUUUAUUUUGCUUAAAACUAACUUCCCUUUCUGUUUUUUGAAUUAAUACCCUGGUCUCACUUUCUCUAGCACAGUAAUAGAUGUUAUCCUUUUAUUGUAGCUUAUGCAAACACACACAUGCACACACACAUACUUGUACACACACACAAACACACAC